GCGGCAAGAGGCUUUGGGUCGGGGUCAGGGGUCGAGUGUCAGAGCGGCGUCGUCGUCGGCGACGGCGGGGUGCAGGUGGAGAGAAGCGGAAGUGACCGAGGUCGCGCCCGGAACGUCGGACUUCGUUCCGAACAACCAGAAGAGGAUCCUAGAACGCAGGCGCGAGGUCGAGUAGCGGCGGCGCCGCCGAACGCGAUCCGCUUUCUCACCGAGAACUGACGGCGUCCUCGAACCGAGUUCAUUCGGAGGUGAAACAGCGACGACAACGACAACAACGACAACAACAAAAACGUCGAGGCCCAGUCCGACCACGAAGUUGGGACGCGACCCGAAUCCGGAGCUCCGCACCGCCGACUCUGGACGGGACCUCGACGCCGACCUCACUCGGGGGGGGGGGGUUCAACGCAGGACGCCGGCAAUCUUUUGACGGACCACCUGAGGCCGACACGACGCUGAAGCGGCAGCCGCUGCGCCGCGGCCGACAUGGACUUCGACUAUGAGGAGGAUAAACUGGGCAUCCCGACCAUUCCCGGGAAGGUCGUGAUCCAGAAGGACCCGCAGAACAUGAUCGGCAUCAGCAUCGGCGGCGGCGCGCCGCUGUGCCCGUGCCUCUACGUGGUGCAGGUGUUCGACAAUGCUCCGGCAGCGAAGGACGGCACCCUGAUGGCGGGCGACGAGAUCGUGGGAGUGAAUGGGAAAUCGGUGAAGGGCAAGACUAAGGUGGAGGUGGCGAAGAUGAUUCAAGCUGUGAAGGGUGAAGUGACCAUGUACUACAACAAGCUACAGGCAGACCCUAAACUAGGGAAGACCAUGGACAUUGUGAUGAAGAAGGCGAAGCACCGUCUGGUGGAGAGCAUGAGCUCGUCGACGGCCGACGCGCUGGGACUCAGCCGCGCCAUCCUGUGCAACGAUGGCCUCGUUAAAAAACUGGAUGAACUGGAACGCACGGCUGAGCUCUACAAAGGCCUGAUGGAGCACACCAAGAGGCUGCUGAAAGCCUUCUUUGAGCUCUCACAGACUCACAAAUCGUUUGGCGACGUCUUCUCCGUGAUCGGGGUGCGGGAGCCUCAGCCUGCCGCCAGUGAGGCGUUCGUCAAGUUCGCCGAAGCCCAUCGCAGCAUCGAAAAGUUUGGCGUGCGGCUGCUGAAGACCGUGAAGCCGAUGCUCAGUGACCUCAACACGUACCUCAACAAGGCCGUGCCCGACACGAAGCUGACCAUCAGGAAGUACGCCGACACCAAGUUUGAGUACCUGUCGUACUGCCUCAAGGUGAAGGAGAUGGAUGACGAGGAAUACAGCUACGCGGCCCUGCAGGAGCCGCUGUACCGUGUGGGCACCGGUAACUAUGAGUACCGGCUCAUCCUGCGCUGCCGCCAGGAUGCGCGCGCUCGCUUCGCCAAACUGCGCAAGGACGUCAUGGAGAAGAUCGAGCUGCUGGACCAGAAGCAUGUGCAAGACAUCGUGUUCCAGCUGCAGCGCUUCGUGUCGGCGAUGUCGCGCUACCACGACGACUGCAACGCGGUGCUCAAGGAGGCGGACGUGUUCCCCAUCGAGGUGGACCUGGCGCGCACCAUGCUCAGCUACGAGUCGCAAGGGCCCUACGCCGAGACCGGCCACCGCCACCGCCACGACGACGACGGCGACGACGACGACGAGGAGGAGGACAACAGAGGUGGCGACGACGACGAGGAGGGGGGAGGAGGAGGAGGCCAGGACGACGGGGCCGGGAUGAUGGCCGACGACGGGACAGAGGAGAACGGGGAGAAGCUCAUUGAUGACUUGUGAUGCGGUGGCGGUAGGAGGUUGUUGGCGGUGGUGAGGGUGGAGGAGGUUGUGAUAGAGGAGGAGGUAGUAAAGGUGGUGGAGGUCGUGCAGGCGGUGUUGGUGGAGUUGGAGGCGGUGACGGGGAACGGUGGUUGAGAUGAUGGAGAAGGAGGUAUCAUCGGUUUAUUGUUUGGUUACUUUUCUGAUUUUUAAUUGAAAAUUGAUGCACACUUGCUUGUGCAAGCCAGUGUGCAUCAAUGCAUAAGCCAGUGCGUGUACCCACGGGUACACGCAGCGGCUGCACCUCUUAUACCUACACGUACGUACAUGUAAAUAACACAUUAUAUGCACGUGCAUGUACACGCAUGUGUAUAACACGUACACCUGCACGUGCAUGUGUGUAACACAUGCCAAUUACACGCGCACGCAUUCCAGUAACACGUAUACCCUUAGCAUGCAUGGCACAUGUGCACGUGUCACCCCACAUAGAUUCUUCGAGGCGUGCAAGACGCACACGUGUACAUGCAUUCAUGCGCAUGUGUGCAACGUUCACAUCUGUACAUUUGUGCAUGCCUGAACGUAUAAAAGUGUAACGCACACACGUGUAUCCCUGUACACAUGUGCAUGUAUCGCAUGUUCACCUGUGCUAGUACGACUGUGUGGGAUGUGAACGUAGAUGUAUGCACAGGUGUAUACUGCACCUCUACAUGUGCACGUACGUACACAUGUAUAUCUGUGCCUAAAUUUAGUCAUGUAUGCAGUUGUCUACGUUAACUGUGCAUACAUGUGCAUUGCGUGUGCAUAUGCAUAUAACGGUAAAUCGUCGUGUACACGUGUGACACGUCCUGUGGUGUACAUGUAUGUAGACCUAUACGCGUACACCUGUGCACAUGGGUAACACCUACUGUACCUGUACACGUGUAUAUUAUGUACACGUGUAUAUUAUGUACACGUGUAUGUUAUGUACACGUGUACACCAUCUGCUUUGCUGUCUGGUUCGCCAGCAAUAACUUUGGGGGGGAGGCGGGAAGGGAGGGGGGCCGGAGGGGGGUUUAUUGUGGCUGGGGGAGCGGUCCUUACCCGAAGGCGUUACAUUUCUCUGAGUAAAUUAUUGGGCGGUAGUGGUGGUGGGGUGGUGGGUUAGGCACAGAUGGGGGCACCAGAGCGCACCCCCCCCCCCUUUUCUGGUCAUGCCGUUGAAUUAAAAAUGUUCGAAGGGGUUUCCUAAGAGGGGUUUUCCUGGUCUGGGUUUAUUAACCCCUUGACGUCCACGUGCAGUGGGUGAAUGUGUAAAUAUUGGGCAUAUCACUCCACAGUACUAACGAUAAUCCUUAAACUAAAUCUUGUGUCCGACUAUAAAGCUUCCCAAAGCUUAUUUAUGCUGCAUUUUCUGUAUUUUGAACGUUCAAUAUUUGGAGGUGAAACCCUUGAAAUGGCAACACUGGUUUAGUGGAAUAACAACUACCUUAAGCACAUGUUAGGCAUGGGAUGGAUGAUCCUGCGUGUGGACCAUUGAUGAUUUCUACGACUGUUUUGUGCAAUUGGUUUGCGUGAUACCUGCAGCCCGCUACAUUCAACACGACGUUAGCAGCGUAGAAUCUUGAAUAGUGACUUCGGAGUUGUGACAUUUAAUUGAAUCCCAAGGGGAUAAAUUGUUACUUGCCUAAUGUGUGUGUGUAUAUACUGUGUGUACGUGCGUUCACAACAACGAGCGGAGCACUGGGCGGCUGAAACGCAGCAACUUUACAUUGCGGAGCAGAGGUGGUGCACGUUCCAGUCAUCCCAGUCAAUCAACCUAUGGCACCUGGGUCUGUCCCGUGACCACCUUAAGGUGGCCCCAAAGUGCACCUAGCCUGGCACAAGCCCCGUGAUGACAUCACUGCCACUUAGUGGCGAACGGCAGUUGUUGCUGUACUGCGAACUACGUUCACCGAAGUCGGUUGUUAGUCGUGGUGUAGGGAGGAAAGCUCCCACGCUGCAGUUUCCACUGGGUUAUGGGUUAAUAUUAACCCACUAGCCAGGAAGGUUCUGUGCCGAGUGAAUUCAGUGGUUUAAAGAUAGGGCUAGGGUUAGUUUUAAUUGUUUGGGCUAUGAGGCGAGGCUUCGUGCUAUAGUUACAGAUGAGUGCUAAUAUGCCGAAGGUUAGGCUAAUGGUUUCGGGUUAAGAGGGGUAUGGAUAGUGCAAUAUUACAGCUAGGAUUAUAGUUAUACGGCGAGGAAGGCUUUGGGCUCUGAUAGCUGACAGCGUUCGUGCCCACGGGGUCCACCUUGUGUAAGGCUGGAGUCGAUGAGAGAGACCACGUCUCUGCGUCAUUGUCCUCACUGGAAGAGGCGGGGGGGGGGGAGACACGUGCCACAGGGCUCACAUUUGUUUAUGCGAAGUGGCGCGCGUGUGUUUGUCUUUGAGUCGCUUUGUUCAAAGCAACGACGUAGCUAAGGGAGUGGCACGUGUGCGGUAACGCACGUACGCGCGUGUGUGUGUGGGAGCGGUAGUGUGGGGGUUAGCGCUUUGCGCUCCGAACCCUGGCUACCUGAGUUCGAUUCCCGCUCACGGUCCUCAUUGGUGACGAUUAUCUGAACUGGUCCUGGGCCUAUCCUAGGUCGACUCAGCCUCAAUUGAGUACUUAGUGCGGUGUGUAAACAUUGCCACUGGGGAGAUAAAGGCGACCUGUUGUCGUGUUGUCCCCCCCCACCCACUUCUUCGUGGGCCGUUCCGGCCUUCAUAGGUGCUCGCUAACAGCACUUGCCCCAACAGUCUGUUAAGGCUAUAUGGGGGAUCUUUGUUACAGACAGAUCUCUUGUUCAGCCUUACAGACACGUGUUUGCAAGCACCUAUUUAAGGCUGGCAUAUUACCAGUUUAUUGGGUUGGUGUGGCCAGCCCAACACACGUCCUUCAUUAUAUUUGCCCUAAAUAGGUGCUCGCUUAACAAGCACUGGUCCCCAACAGUCUGUUAAGGCUAUAUGGGGGAUCUUUGUUUUAGGUUUUUUUCCCAACAACAAAAAAAACCUAAGACCACUACUGAUGCUGUUCUCUAAUGCAUAUCAUUCAAUAAAAAUGUUAUACUGGGA